UUGGGCCAUGGGAACUCAAAAAUCUUGAAAAUCAAUUAGAAUUUUCAGAAAAAGCAAAAAGACAACAUAUUGAAAAUAAAUUUAUUGGAUUCACCAAAGAUCAAAAAACUGGGUUUCAUGGAUUAUGUGUUUUAGGUUUUGGAUUACCUAAUGAAGAAGAUGAUGAAAGAGUUUACUAUGAAUUUUGGUCAAGAGUAUGGUUAACUUCUGAAAAUGAUGAAAUUUUUAAUUUAAUUAAAUCAAAUAGAGAAGAACUUGCUAGUUUAGUUAUUUGUGGAGGCAAAGAUGAAUAUACAAUUGAGUAUUAA